AUGGAGGUAGAUUCGGAAGGAAGGAUGGGUAAUGUUUUCUGGUCAGAUGCAAGGUCAAGACGAGCUUAUGGGUUUUUUGGAGAUGUGGUGGUAUUUGAUACGACAUUCAACAAGAACCGCUAUAGGAUGGUCUUUGCACCUUUGUUAGGCGUUAAUAACCAUCGGCAGACAGUGUUGUUUGGUUGUGCAUUCCUAACUAGUGAAACCACGGAUUCAUUUGUAUGGUUGUUAGAAGAAUUCAAGAAAGCCAUGCCGGGUGAGCCACCCAAAAUGAUCAUAACUGAUCAAUAUGCAGCCAUGUCAAAGACAAUUGUUGUAACUCUUUCGACAACAUUCCAUAGAUAUUGCAUAUGGCAUGUCUUGAAUAAGAUUACAGAGAAACCCGGCAUUGGAGAAUGUUUUUCGGAAAUGAACAAAUGCAUAUGGGAUAUGGACAAGAAAGAAGAAUUUGAUGCGAAAUGGGAGGAAAUCAUCACAAACAAUGGGCUGCAAGACCAUGCGUGGCUGAGCUCAAUUCAUGCUAUGCGGGAGAAUUGGACACAAGGAGUUAAUGCUGAUCAUGUUGAUUACAAUGAAAAUCCUCCACUGCCAUUUCAAACACCAAUGCAACAUCAAAUGAGAUGCAUUUACACUCGGGAAAUUUUGGAAAUGUUUGAGAGGGAAGACUUCAGAAGUCUUUUAUGCUUGCUCGAACUUGUAGACGAAGAUGAGACGCACUGCAGAUACAAAGUGAGUGAGCGGGUAAAUCCGGGGGUGACACGGAUUAAGGAGCUUGUGCAUGAUAAAGAUGCCGAUAAAGCUUAUUGCAGCUACAAAGGUUUUGAAUUUUGGGGUAUUCCGUGCCGACACAUCCUAGCAUUCUUAAGAAUGAAGCAGGUUGAGCACUUGCUAGACAAGUACAUAUUGAAACGAUGGCUUCAAAGUGAGAAAAGCGGUGUAAUAUAUGAUAAGAAUCACAAAGAAGUUAACGAUUGCAUUGAUGGUUUGCUUUUGGUUAAGAGAUCGAAAGUUUGCAAAGUUGCAAGGGAGUUGAUUGAUUCGGCUUUGUUGCGUGAUGAAGGUUUUGAGUUGCUGGAAAAAUCUUUUGAGGACAUUCGUGGGAAGCUUACAACCUCUUCAUCUUUCGACACAGAACUUGGUGGUCCAGUUGGUGAGAAUUUGCAGCCCACUCAGAGAAUGCAGGAUAGUGAACCUACUAUGACAGAGUCAUUUAUGCAAGAGUUUGAUUUCAUGUAUGGUCCCGUAGUUUGA